AUGGGUCGAAAACGACUGACUGCUGCCAAGAAACGUGUGCUCCGAAGUGCGACUGCAAAAAACAUUGGAUUCCUGGUUGAAAAACUUCCGGAAUUGCAGGAAUCUAACGUAAAGAGCACACCAGCAAGCAAAAAAGUGAAAUUUCAAUCCGACAUUGACGUGCAGGACGAUGAUUCUGGACCUGACUUAGUAGUCAAUAAGGAUAGAGAUUUCGAAAAAUAUAUGGGCUCAGAUACCGAUGAUGAUUCACCAUGCGAAUCCAUCGCCGCGCAACCUGUUUCGAAGCCGCUGCUUAGAACAUAUCGCCGGAGAAUAACCAUCGAUGAGUUGCUCGAGGAUUGGAAUGUCGGUGAUCAGAAUGCAACAACAAACAGCGGAAUUGGAGUAAAUUUGGAAGAACCAUCGGAACCUAUCGCGAAAAGCAGCAAUACAAUUGAAUGUUCGUGUGGGAUGGCAGAAGAGGCUAAAAAAUACAAGAAUUUGUAUGAGUCUCUACUUACGGCAACGAUGGAUAAAGAAGCAGUACGUCAAGAUUCUCUAGAUCCUGCUACCAAGGAAAAGCUUCUCAAACAAAAUGCGGAACUGCUUGGACGCAACGCAAAGCUUCAGGAAGCCUUGACAUCGAAGCUGUUGCCACAGCCCGAAGUUCCUUUCAAAGAUGUGAAAGGCGAUUUUCUGGACGCUGAGACCAUCCGUUUGAUUUCAAUAGAAGCUGACACGGAUUAUCUAUUCAUGAAGUUUCUCAUGAUGAGACUAUGGCCGGAGGGUUUAACCGGUCGUUCAGUUACCGGGCGUCGGUCUAAUAAUCCUUCGGGCCGUUCAAAAUCAAAGCCUUCAAACGCCAGCGACCAUACGGAACUCCCAGAAUCAACCAACGUCAUCAGAGCCGCUGAGGAUGCCGAAGGAGCAACAAAGCGUCCCCUCGAAAAAGAUAGGGUCGAUUUUCUGAUCUCUUGUCUGUAUCGCCGUCGAGUAUUCUUGAAGGAUGAUGCCAAUACUGCCCAAGUUCAUACCAAAGCAGGAAUCUCGCUGAUGACACGAGUAAUCGCGAAUUCGACGCGUAAGUGAGACAAGAUUCAGCGAAUUUGCGGAUGCGAUUUUUAAUCAUUAAUUUUUAACGUGUAACUCUUGACUGUUUGAAUUGUUUUGUUACCUGUUACUUUGUCAUUAGACAUUAUGAGUUAGACAAA